AGUGCUCGAAGAUCAAGCGGAUCCCUAUUUUCCACGAAGGCCUGCUUACCACCUCGCUCCAAGAAGUUGUCCCUUCCCGCACAGCACCGUCAUAAUGGCCAACGUCGACGAGAAACCGUUCGCCAAAAAGCUCAAGUCUUUCAUAAAGCAGGAAAAACCAGAGCUGGUCGGCUUCGGGAGUUUGGACGAGAAGAUACCCAUUGAGUAUGCAGACAGAGCUGCCGAAAUGGUGGAAAGCCUAGUCGGCAUGGGGUGUCACCGAGAGAUAGCGGAACAGUUUGCGGUUUUGGUGCUCUAUGACCUGGUGAUCCUGCUAGACGAUAGUAGCUCAAUGGAAUACGAGGAGGAUGGCAACAGAAUCAAGACGUUAUCAAAAAUUCUGAGAGCAAUCGUUGAUAUCUAUGGGCUGGCCCGGGACGAGGGAGUUGUGGCGGUUCGGUUCUUCAACAAUUCGAGGCCGGCAAAGAACCUCACGCGAGCAAAUGUUGAGACGGUCAUCAAGAAUAUUGAGUACAACGGCGUCACCAUGAUCGGUACACAGCUACAGGACAAGAUCUUGAAACGAUUCGUCCUGAAAAAAAAAGACAUGGUCAGGCCAGUACUGGCUAUCAUCAUAACCGACGGACAUAUCGAGGGCGAGAAGGAUGGGCUUCUGAAGAAAAACAUCAACAAUUGCCUUGCCAAAUUAGCCCUUGACACCACGAAGACGGUGGACGCUGUCGCUUUCAUGUUUGCACGAAUCGGAAAUGAUGCAGGCGCCCAGAAUCUCCUAGAGGAGCUAGACGACCACGAGACAUUGGGCCGGUGGAUAGAUUGCCUACCAGUGGAUUAUGCCCUAGAGAAGAUUGGCAACCUGACAGAGUUCCGCAAAUCUGGCGAUGGAGGCGAACAAAGCGAGGAAGAAAUCAAGAAACUGAAGGAGCGUUGGAAUGUGAUCCGAAAGCUUUUGCUUGGAGCUCUAUAUGCAGACAUUGACAAAAUGGAUCGAAAGAAGGAGGAGGCCAAGGAAGAGGUGGAGCUAAAAUUCGAGCCGAAGACUGUGAGGCCUGAAGACUUUAUGGACGCCGAAUACGCACUCGUCUACGACCCCGACCCCGACGACGACGACGACGACGACGACGACGACGACGACGAUCGUCGUCGUCAAGUGUGAAGAAGAACUCAAGGUGUAAAUUACUGGGAGCCAAGGAAACAAC